ACCGGCCACGUCGCCCCCUGUUCGCCAUAUUUCUUGGAGGAAUGCGCUGGAAAAGUGUGGAGAUCCGGUUAAAGCAAAUUUCAGAUAUUUUUCAUUUGGAAUAGCAGCGGACAAAAGUUUGUUUUCGGCUGUUUGAAGUACAAACUUCAAAAACGACAAUGAAUAUCUUUAGAUUGGCAGGAGAUCUGUCUCACUUAGCAGCAAUCAUUAUUCUGCUGCUCAAAAUAUGGAAAACCAGGUCUUGCGCAGGCAUUUCUGGGAAAAGCCAGAUACUCUUUGCCUUGGUUUUCACAACACGUUAUCUGGAUCUCCUCACAUCGUUCAUCUCCCUCUACAACACAUGCAUGAAGAUCAUCUACAUUGGCUGCGCUUAUGCCACUGUCCACCUGAUCUACAUGAAAUUCAAGGCAACGUAUGAUGGGAACCAUGACACUUUCAGAAUAGAGUUCCUUAUAGUUCCAGUUGGAGGUCUUUCUUUUCUAGUCAACCAUGACUUCUCACCACUGGAGAUCCUGUGGACCUUCUCCAUCUACCUUGAGUCAGUGGCUAUUCUUCCUCAGCUCUUCCUGAUCAGUAAGACAGGAGAGGCUGAGACCAUCACCACCCACUAUCUGUUCUGCCUGGGUGUCUACCGUGCCCUCUACCUCUUCAACUGGAUCUGGAGGUUCUACUUUGAGGGCUUCUUUGACAUGAUUGCUAUUGUGGCUGGGGUGGUCCAGACCAUCCUCUAUUGUGACUUCUUCUACCUUUAUGUCACAAAAGUGCUGAAAGGAAAGAAGCUGAGCCUACCAGCGUAAGUGCCAAAGAUCAUAGACCUGUGUCACCGUUCAGACUCGUGCAGGGUUGACAUAGGCCGGUAACGCCACGGCAAGAGGCCGAAGGCAGAACAUUGCUGGUUUUGUGACAUGUCACCUGGAUUAAAAAAAAAAAAGAGAGAAAUGGCUCCACAAACUGCAGUGAGGACUUCUCUUGGAUCUAGCAGCAUUUUUUUUCUUCAGCAUCUUGCAUUACCUUUAGUGCGGUUAAAAAAAAAAAAAGAAAUAAAAAAAUGGGGGGGGGGGGGGGUGGCUUAAACAAUCUUUUUCCAUGUGAGGUGUUCUACAGCAUCUAGCUCCAAAUGUUGGGUUGACUUUAUUAAAAAAAUAAUCGUACCCAACAAACUCUGCUUAUAACUUGUACUUCUGUUUCUGGAAACCCACUUGAGUUCAUAAGCCCAAUGUUUUUAGGAUUGUUGAAUCAAAUCAUUUAUAUUCCUUUCUCACUUAACAUAUUGAAAACUAUUCAAAAUAAAUGGUUUAAAUCAGAUUACAUCACUUCUUUCCUUCCAUGCUAAAAUAAGGACACUGUAAUAUGCUGUCAUCAAAUUAGAUCUAUGUGGUGACAUGUUUUUUUUUUCACACAAAUGCCUUAUUAAUUUCAGCUAUAUUAUGUACAGUAUAUAAGCAGAGCUGUUCCCUUGUAAACAUAUCAACCUUUGUGUAAACAAGAGAAUGUGAGAGCGUUUUGUACUGCCAAUUCAGUCAGCACUGAUAGUUUGUAUUCUUUAUGUAUUGGCUCCAAAUUACUGUGUAUUUUGUAUCUGGGAUGUUGGUAUCCAUCAACAGUCAUGAUGUAAUAUACAACAUGAUAAUAGUAUCCUGCAACUAAAUAUUUGUUCACAUGCAGUAAUUUAUUGCAAAACAAACAUGAAUUUAACAUGGUCUGCAAAAUAUAAAAAGUAGUCUGGAGCGUGUGUGUGAAUUUGACAGCUACUUUUUAAAACUCAUAACUCCUAUGAUUUCAAGAUUGAGCAUCCUAGAUGUGAGUCUUUCCUGUAGUUACUUUUUUUGUUGAGUUUUACAUCUUAUCACCUCCAAUAAAAAUUUUACAGGCCCCUGUUUUUGCUUUUACUAUAUUAUUUUCAUUAUAAAGUCUCUUUAAACUACACUCUGAUAUUUUAUGACCUGUUCAGAAAAAAAAAAUCUUUGAGACAUUUAUUCUUUUCUGUAACAUUUUAGGUGAUGGAUUUCAUUAAUGCGUAACAGGCUAAGAAUGUGCAAUAAACACAGCUUUACAGA